AUGAAUGGACAUUUAUAUAAAUGUUACUUAAGAAAUAGAAAAUCAGGUCCUAGCUUGGAUGAAAUAUUUGAUGCCGAAAACCUACUUUAUAACGAAUAUAGUGGAAAAGAAACAGUUCAUCAUUUUUCAUUAUCAGAAUACUCAAUUAAUUUAAGGCAUUUUAAUAAUGUCGCCGAAGUUUCUUCUGAAAAAUUUGUUCAAGUUCUCGGUAAAUACAAUAAAGAGCAUUUUGAACUUGAUAAUAACACAUUACUUACAACAUGGAAUGCUACAGAUACGUCUAACAAUAGGAAGAUAAAUAUUAAAUACGGAUGCGAUCCAUCUCUUUCAGAUAAAGGCGCAAUUACAAAUUAUUAUUCGAGUGAUCGAAAUAUUAAUAUCACUUUCUCCACUCCAUUACUAUGUAAUUUCCAACUGUUUACACUCCCUAAUGUUACUUAUAAUGAUUGCUUCAUUUUUUAA